AUGACCGCUCUUGGCACUACCCUUCUGGUGGCGACCGUGUUUGUUACCCUGACAGUGACAUUCGCCACCGGCACCGCGUACCGAAGACGACCCCACAUCGUCAUUAUCACAACGGACGAUAUGGGCUGGUACGACGUGGGAUUUCACGGCUCGAACCAGUUUGGGACACCGAAUAUCGACGCCCUGGCGUACGACGGCAUCAUCCUGAAUCGGCACUACUCGGCACCCCUGUGCACGCCGUCACGGGCGGCCCUGAUGACGGGCAAGCACCCGAUGAACGUCGGCAUGCAGCACUACGUGAUCGACAGCGAUGAACCGUGGGGACUCGGGCUGGACCAGCGCAUCAUGCCCGAGUACUUCCGCGAGGCCGGCUAUCGGACGCACAUGGUCGGCAAGUGGCAUCUAGGUUUCUUCACCGAGCAGCACAUACCGACAAACAGGGGUUUCGAUACGCACCGCGGCUACCUCGGACCGUAUAUCGACUACUGGAACUACGUGAACAAGAUGAACAGUGGCACAUUUGAAGGCUACGACAUGCGGCACAACCGUGACGUCGACUUCCAAGCCAAUGGGACGUACGCAACCGACUACUUUACCACGGCUGCGCAGGAUAUCAUUGCGUCGCACGGUCCCGACGGUGCUCCGAUGCUGCUGGUCAUGCACCAUCUCGCCCCGCACGCUGCCAACGAUGAUGACCCGUUACAGGCUCCCCAGGAAACGAUCGAUCGCUUCUCGUACAUCCGGGACAAAGCUCGUCGGACGUACGCCGCCAUGAUGUCGAAGGUGGACGAUAGCGUCGGUGCGGUGUAUCGCAGUCUAAAAGAGAACGGUAUGCUGGACAACUCGAUCAUUGUCUUCAUGAGCGACAACGGAGGUGCCACGAGGGGACUGCAUAGUAACACCGGGUCGAACUAUCCACUACGCGGGCAAAAAAAUUCUCCUUGGGAAGGGGCCGUAAGAACUGCCGCAUUCAUUUGGAGCCCUCUGCUCAAAGACACCCAACGUGUUUCAAACCAAUGGUUCCACAUUUCCGACUGGUUGCCAACGUUGGCCUCCGCCGCCGGCGUCCGGGUUCGCCGCCCGUCGGUCACCGACAUCGACGGUAUCGAUCAGUGGGAAGCACUUGCCUACGGAACGGGUAAUCCGCGGCAGAGACUGAUGAACAACCUGGACGAGAUAUUUGCCUACACCAGCUACAUGGAGGACGGUCUGAAGUACGUGAAUGGCAGCACCCUAGGCGGGGCCAACGACCUAUGGUACGGUGAGACGGACGAGCUUGAUAAACUGCCAACGGAUGAGGAAUAUUUGGCCAGCGUAAUGUCCACUCCCAUCGCUCGGGCGGCCAACCUGGACGCGAAAGUGAUCUCGUACCUGCGCCAGCACGCGCAAAUCAACUGUGGCAACGAGGUUUCGGGCAAAGUGUGCAACCCGCUGGUGAAACCGUGCCUGUUCGACAUCAUCAACGAUCCGUGCGAAAUGCACGACAUAUCGGACGAGUGUCCGACCAGGCUGCGAGAAAUUCAACAGCACGUCGAGUACUACCGGAUACGAGCGGCGAAACCACGCAACAAGCCGCACGAUUCGGCAGCGGAUCCGAGCAACUUUGGAGGCAUCUGGAACUGGUGGCGUACGGACGAGUCUAGGCAGAUGAAUGAUGAAUCACACGAAAUGCCACCGCCACCACACCCGUUGUCGAAGGACACCCAGCUCUUUGUAAUUAUCCCGAUAGUAGUAGUUGGAGUUAUCUUUGUAAUUGGCACCUUGCUUUAUCUUUCGAACAAAAAUAUUAUUCAAUUGUGCUGCAGGAAAAAGAACACCACUUCCACUAUAACCAGCGAAAUCCCCACGGAUAUGAGCGGCUCCGGUUUCAAAACGACCACCGAUUCCAUAAAGACUACCGAUGCUGCGAUUAGCUCGAACAUCUACGUCAUUAGCGAUAGGGAUAUGGACAGAGCACGGAGAAGACUUUCCCGUAGUACUGGAUGUAGUAUCUCACGGACGCCACUAGCUUGAAGACUGCACAGAUUCUCGAAUAUAGCCUAGUUUUCAUUUACAAAUAAGCAUCAAUGCAAACUGGAAAAUAAACUUGGGGUU